AGCAUGUCGAGGUUAAAAACAACCCUGUAGGGGUUUGAAGACGGCUCGUCCCAACAUCAACUCUUCUCACGAGUUGAAUAAAUGUUUCUGACCGUAUAAUAAAACCAAUAAACCCCCCUCUGAUCGGCGGAGACGACGUCAUUGUCCUCUCCCCUCUGAAGGAGUCCUCACACUCUCGCAGCAGACACGGAGAGGAAGUGCUCGUCCUCCCUGAACGUCCGAAACGUCAUUACAGGUCGUCCAGCAUCAUGAGUCAGCGGACGGAACGACGCGGGGGGAUACACGUGGACCAAUCGGACCUGCUGUGCAAAAAAGGAUGCGGUUACUACGGCAACGCGGCCUGGCAGGGCCUGUGCUCCAAGUGCUGGAGGGAGGAGUACCAGCGGGUACGGCAGAAACAGAUCCAGGACGACUGGGCCUUGGCAGAAAAGCUGCAGCGGGAGGAGGAGGCAGCAUAUGCCAGUAGUCAUGGACCGCAGACACAGUCCCACGCCCAGUCUGCCGCACCGCAACCACACCCGGGGCACGCCUCCCUGGGACCCUUCUCCAAGUUUGAGGAGAAGAAGACCAACGAGAAGACACGGAAAGUGACCACGGUGAAGAAGUUCUUCAGCCCCUCGUCACGCACUGCUUCCAAGAAAGACACUCCAGAGGGCAAAACACCCAGUCCGUCAAUCAGCCGCCGUGCCAGCUUCGAGACAGACCAGGUGUCCAAGGACUUUGUGGACUUCCUGAAAAACCUCCAAAAGCCCGGCCGGGAGAUCCAGAAGCAGUGCCGGGCCUUCAUUGUGACCAUGUCGGGCAAGAAGGACCUGGGUGCUGACGAGCUGUCGGAGUGCGUUCAGGAUUUCUACCAGAACUUGGCCGACCGUCUGAUGGGUCACUAUAAAGCCUCUUCAGAGUCUGUGGAGCAGGUGAUGGACCAAGUGGAAAAGUACAUAAUGACUCGUCUGUACAAGAGCGUGUUCUGUCCAGAAACCACUGAUGAUGAGAAGAAGGACUUGGCCACACAGAGCAGGAUAAGGGCGUUACACUGGGUGACCAUCGAGAUGCUGUGUGUGUCUAUGGAUGAAGAAAUCCCUGAAGUCUCUGAGAAUGUGGUCAAAGCGAUAACAGACGUCAUUGAGAUGGACUCGAAGAGGGUUCCUCGGGACAAACUUGGGUGCAUCACGCGUUGCAGCAAACAAAUCUUCAGCGCCAUCAGGAUCACCAAGAACGAGCCGGCGUCAGCUGACGACUUUCUGCCCGCGCUCAUUUACAUCGUGCUCAAAGCCAACCCUCCACGACUUCAGUCCAACAUCCAGUACAUCACCCGCUUCUGUAACCCCAGCAGGCUGAUGACCGGAGAGGAUGGAUACUACUUCACCAACCUGUGCUGUGCCACGGCCUUCAUCGAGAAGUUGGACGCUCAGUCCCUCAACCUUUCCCCGGAGGAGUUUGAGCGCUACAUGUCGGGCCAAGCCUCGCCGCGAGGCAACAGCUCAGAGGGCGACUGGAACCGCACAGAACCGCCACCGGCCCCCAUCAACCCCGUCCUGGCUCAGCUCAACAACAACCUGGAGGCGCUGUCUGGCCUCAGCAGCCGGCAGGAGACGCUGAUGGAGGCGGCUCAGAGCCUGCAGGCCGACCUCCUCUCCUGGCCUGAAAGCGUGCAGCGGGAGGUGCACGGCAUCCUGGAGAAAUACCCUCUGGAGGUUCUGUCCCGCACCGUUUCUGCCAUCGACGACGACAACGACGCGGACAACGAGAACCUGCCGCCGCCACUCACGCCCCAGGUGUUCGCUGGGUAGUGGAGUCAUCAAAAAAGGGAGGAAAAAAAAACAUUUCACGCACAGCGACGGUACUCCUGCUUUAGUGAAAAGUCAGCUCAUUGCCUGUGUUUUGAGUUUCAUGGGAACAUCCCUCACGCACUAAUCUCCUGAAUAUCAUGCUGAGCUUCUUGUGCAAUUUAAACACCUGGUGACACCAGUAUUUAUUGUUUAUAACAGAAAAUCACAGCGAUCAAUUUAUUCUUUCAUAGGAGCAAAAUAAAUCUGCACAAAGCUUCAUGUAAAGUUCAACUUUGGGAUGCAAAUUUGCACCUUUGACCCAUAGAAAGUUAUCUAGACGGUGCAGACCUUCAGCAGAAUGGAGAGAGUCGAGAGUCAAAGUACUGUUCUUAAAUACGAUGUUUAAGUACUUAUAGAUUACUUAGGUAUUUUAAUUUACAGAUACUUUAUGCUUCUACUACACUACAUUUAUUUGAUAAAUUUAGCGAGCUUGCAGAUUGAGAUUAAUAACACAGAAUGUAAUCAACUUCUACAUUAUAAUGUAUCAUAGGUUAAGAUAUCAAGCAGUAUAUAAAGUAAUUGAAAUAAGUUUCUCUAUUACCAGCUGCAACAAUAAAGUGAUGAACACAUUAAUGCAUCACAAACUAGAAUCAAACGACUGAAAUGUCUCUUAAAUUAACUGUGUGAACUUCUUGUCAGUUAGCAAACUUGCUAGCAAAGAGAACAUAUUGUUCUUCAGUAACACUUUAUUGAUCAAACAAAUAAAAAAUAAAAAACGGUACUAAAAGAAGCUCAGAGAGUUAAUGUGAUAAAUGGCAGCUUGUUUUAGCCUUUAUGGUUAUUCUGCUCUUUCAUUACAUUCACCAAUUGUCACUCUUUUAGUAACCACAGUUUCUGGUUUGUCUGAAAAAACAACAGCGAGUAUAAACUUGUAUAUUAGUGAUGUGUUUUUGUUUCUGUUUGACUAAUUUUGGGGUUUUAUCUUUUGCUUUUUUCCUUCUCUUGUUUUUUACAGUUUUUUUCCUCCAAUAGAGAGUUGAGGUCCCAUCUCCUCACGAUGGACCACAUUGGGACCUUAUUCCAGGAAAAAUAUGUAUAGUAGACAAUGGCAAGAGACAAAGAAUUUUAUGAUCCUGUUUGAACUGUGCGAUAAAUAACACAUAUGAUGUUUGUCAAGUUAAAAAACAAUUUUGCACAUCAAGAAAGUAUCAUUUUGGUGGAAAACUGGCGAAGUGUUAGACUGUAAAGAAACAACAAACUACGACAUUUAUAUGACUUGCAAAAUUAUCUUUUAAAUGUGUAAUUCAUGGCGGGAUCAAAAGACGAUAUUUGUCUCUCACCGUUGACUUCUGUACAUAUUUUUUCCAAAAUAAGGUGCAAUGGAGGACACCCGCAGAGGAGGACCUUUGCCUCUAUACAACUAUGGUGGACUUGUUAAUAUCACAACAUAAUCAUAUUUAAGAUAAGAUAAAACAGGAUAAUCCUUUAUUAGUCCCACAGCAGGGAAAGUUCAAGCUGUGUUUAAUACUUUGAACCGAUAUCCAGCUGUAACACAUUUAGAAGAAACACAGAACCACUCGAACAAUUUUCUCAUCAUCGUCAAGUAUAAAAUUAACUUUAAGAGGCCCUUGAGUUUUUUAUUUUUUAUUAACACUAUGAGGUUGUACUGUUUUUUUUCCAGAGUUGACUGUAUUUUGGCGAGCUUUCUGCAUAUCCACAUUCCUAAUGAACCAGUGUUUGAAUGCAAAAAGCUUGUUUUAUAUAUGAAAACUUGGAAUAAUGUUUAAAAUAUUGUUUUAUUUAGUUUUUCGGUGACGUACUGUAUAAUAUUGGGCCUUAAAGCAGGCUGGUGUCUGAUUGUCUGCUGCCCCACUACUGGUUUUAUUUUUUUCAUUUGCUUGAGAAUCUUUUUAGGGUUUUAAUUCAGUGACUAGCAUUAAAUUAAAAUUAUUAAUUACUAUAUCUACUCAUCAGAGCAAUGUUUGGCAAGUGUGGUUCAACUAAUCCAGACUAACGUGAUGUCAGAAAGCGUACAUUAUCUUGUUUAUUCUAACAGAUAACUUGUUUUUUGACGUCAGUAGUUUAAUUGAUUUUAUUUUAUUUUUUUAAUCUAGGAUUAAGUUAUUUUGAAAGACCAGUGUGCUCUUAUUUUGAAAUAAAGGUAGCAUUAAUAGAUGUAGAGUCAAAACCAUGUCUAGCUUUCAUGUAAUUAUAAAAUUAUAAUUAUGUAAUAAUAUUUGGGGUUGAAUGACAUAAUAUUGUGAAAUGUGAAAUGAAUUGAGACCAAAAUCUCCCAUAAAGCAGAUUUAUGAAACUAACUAACAAUGAGUGUACACAAUCAAGUUAACGAUGAGAAUCACAUUUCAUCCAUUAAAGUGUUUUAAUGACAAAUCUA